UCUCUAUCAGUCUCUCUAAGCUUCAUCACUGUUGUACAGUUGUACUCUCUCUCUCCCUUGCACAAGGUACCUGGAAACGAAGUCGUUUGAUUGCUCUCUUCUCUAAAGCAUGGAGUCGUAGUUUUCAUCAGAAACGUCUCUCUUACUUCUCUCUUCCUGUUCUGUGAAAGGACAAACAUGGCCUUUCACAACAACCACCUCUCACAAGACCUUCCUCUCCAUCACUUUUCACAACAACAACAACAGUUGCCGGAAACUUCCAGAACUUCGCCACCUCCGAAUUGGCUUAACACCGCUCUCCUCCGCGACCAACCGCAGCAACCACCAUCAUCGCAGCAAUCUCCGAACUUCUUGGACACUAACAACUUCCUGAACCUCCACACCACCGCGAAUUCCGACUCCAUGCCCUCUCAGUCCUCCAACCAAUGGCUCACCCGCUCCGCCUCGUCACUCCUUCACCGCAACCACAAUGACGUCAUAGACGACGUGUCAGUAGCUGCCGCGACAGCCGGUGACUCCAUCAUCGCCAACUCUGCCGAUUUGAAGAAUAGCAGCAACGCCGACAUCAUGAACCACAAGAGCGACAGCGCGAUGGUGGAGAGUGGCGCGGGUGGCGUUGGAGAAGGAGUGGUAAACUGGCAGAAUGCGAGGUAUAAGGCAGAGAUACUGUCGCAUCCGCUGUACGAGCAGCUACUGUCGGCGCAUGUAGCGUGUCUGCGUAUAGCGACGCCCGUGGAUCAGCUGCCGAGGAUCGACGCACAAUUGGCUCAGUCGCAGCAUGUGGUGUCGAAGUACUCGGCCUUAGGUGGCGGGAGACAUGGCAUGGUUGUUGAUGAUAAGGAGCUUGAUCAGUUCAUGACACAUUAUGCUCUCUUGCUUUAUUCCUUUAAAGAACAAUUGCAACAACAUGUCCGAGUGCAUGCAAUGGAAGCGGUAAUGGCUUGCUGGGAGAUAGAGCAAUCACUACAGAGCUUAACAGGGGUUUCUCCUGGUGAAGGAACGGGUGCAACAAUGUCAGAUGAUGAUGAUGACCAAGUGGAUAGUGAUGCUCACAUGUUUGACGGAAGUUUGGAUGGUUCAGAUAGUAUGGGAUUUGGUCCCCUAAUUCCAACAGAGAGUGAGAGGUCCCUGAUGGAGCGUGUGAGGCAAGAGUUGAAGCACGAACUAAAACAGGGUUACAAGGAGAAAAUCGAGGACAUCAGGGAGGAAAUUUUGCGCAAGAGAAGAGCAGGGAAACUUCCUGGUGACACCACGUCCCAUCUAAAAGCUUGGUGGCAGUCACAUUCCAAAUGGCCAUAUCCUACGGAAGAAGACAAGGCAAGGCUGGUGCAGGAAACAGGUUUGCAGCUAAAGCAAAUAAACAAUUGGUUCAUCAAUCAGAGAAAGAGAAACUGGAAUAGUAAUCCCUCGACGUCAACUGCCCUGAAGAGCAAACGCAAAAGCCAAAGAAGUAAUGCAGGUGAAAACAUUGGCGAACGUUCGUGUAACUGGACGAAUCAAUCAACAAAUGUUCUCUGUUCAAGGCUUCCAAUCAAAUAAUGAAACCAACAAACCACAUUCAUGGAACUGCCAGCCAUGGAAUUGGAAUGAAUUGCUUCUGUUAAAGAAAGACUAACGUAGAAGAUGGGAAGGAUGUAACGAUGAACCCAGUUUGUGCCAAUUUAGAGGUAUACUAAGCUCAGAAGACGCAUUAGUAUGCAAUUUUAUUAGGGGGUUUCAGAAAUUUCAAGUACUAUACCAGUUACACCGGAUCCAGUAAGGUGAGAUCCAAUUGGCAAAAUAUUUUUUUGCUUACCACUCAUAUCUGUGUAAAAUUCAGAGUUUGUUGGUGCACAGUACAAUAAUUUUUGUAUUGUUUCUUAGAGUCAUAUACUAGCGGUUAACUGGUUAUGGGCUUAUAGCUGCUGCUUUUUUUU